AUGUCGACUUUCUCAUGCACAUCGGCUCACCCGCCCAGCAGGGAGUACGUAUGUGUGGCUUACCAGAUUUUUAUGGAAAAUGCAAGCGGCGGAUUCAUGUCGGACUUGUCGUUCCAGGGAGGCCGCUACGGUGCUUGGCUCGGCAACCAGCAGUUUACUGUGCGAAAUAUACGCUUCUCUCAGUGCCACACGGCUAUAUGCCAGCACUGGAACUGGGCAUGGACGUAUAUGGAUGUACAUAUCACCGACUGCGACAUUGGCUUGCAGAUGCUCGCGACGCAGUCGCAGAAGCAGGGCGUCGGUUCGCUUGUCCUGUCCGACUGGGACGUGACUCGCACAAACACGGUCGUCCAACUAGAGAAGGACGCGCCAGGGCGCCUCGUGCUAGACAAUGUGUAUGCGCAGCAUGUACAGGCCAUUGUCUCAGGCCCUUCUCGCACAUGGCUCGCGCCCGCCUCCGACGAUGACCAUGUGGCGUUCUGGGUCAAGACACCUGCCGUGGUGCCAGACUCCACGACCACGUUGACGCGCUUCUCUACCCCUGAUGGGCCCGUCUAUGCAGGCGCAUGUCCGGCGCCGCCGCGGCCUGCGUGCCUGGUAGACGACAAUGGAUUUUGGUUUGGGCAGGAAAAGCCAUGGUUUGCGCGCCUGUGCGGCGAGAACAUGGUGAGUCUUCGCAGUUUAGGUGCCAAGGGCGACGGAACGUCCGAUGAUACACAGGCCAUGCAGGCGGUGCUGGAUCAUCAUCGGGGGAGUCUCAUUUAUGGUACGUGUCGCCCGCUCACCGUAGUGCCCUAUGGACACUAUGUCAUCACAGACACCCUCCGUAUCCCAGCCGGCACUCGCUUGGUCGGCGAGGCGCAACCCGUCUUUUUCGGUGCUGGUGCCGCCUUCCAAGAUGCAAGUCACCCCCGGCCUGUCGUGCAGGUUGGCGUGCCUGGCGAUGUGGGCGACGUGACGCUGUGCGACUUGAUCCUCAGCACGCGCGGUCCGGCGCCAGGGGCCAUUGUGCUGGAAUGGAAUAUACAUGAGCGCACUCAGGGCUCAGUUGCCAUGUUUGACGUGCAUAUUCGCCUGGGUGGCUUUGCGGGGUCUGAGUUGGAACUUGCCCAGUGUCCACGAGAUGCGCCAUGCGAGGCGCUCCCUCAUGCUUGCUUCCUAAGUAUGCACAUUACGCCCAAGGCGAGCGGCUACUUCCAGAAUGUAUGGGUAUGGACCGCUGAUCAUGAGCUGGAUGACGGCGCACCUGCCCAGCUCAACGUUUUGAGUGACCGCGGUAUUCUCAUCGAGUCCCAGGGGCCUGUGUGGAUGUACGGCACAGCGAGUGAACAUGCUCUCUUGUACCAGUACUCCUUGCGGGGUGCCUCAAACGUCCUUCUCGCGAUGAUUCAGACUGAGUCGCCCUAUUUCCAGGGCCGCCACUUUGCGCACGCCUCGGCCAGUGUACAGCCACAUGCACAGUACCCUGACGUUGACAACUCUCAGCGGUUCAAGAAUGCGACCGAUGUGUCCUUCGAGCCGGAUCCAGCGAUGGACGACCGUGCAGUAGGCCUGCACAUCCGUGCGUGCAAGGAUAUUCUUGUGCUGGGUGCUGGCCUCUAUUCCUUUUUCGACUCGUACGACCAGGCGGCACUCCCAGCCCAUGCCUGCCAGCGGCGGCUAUGUGUGUUGGAGUCUGCUGCGCAAUGUGAGCGUAUCCACCUGGUGAAUGUGGCCACAGUGGGUUCGCAGUGCUUGCUGAGCCUGGAUGGUUGCGAUUGGGUUGCGGAGACGCCCUUCCGCGAGGGCUUCUGCAGUACCAUGGCCCUCUUCACGCUCAGCCGAUUCGGCACGGCCAGGUGGCUUUAA